CCGUGGCUCCGCUUCCAGCCAACGCCUUUCGACGUGAAAAUAACUCUAUUACCUCUCUCUCUCUCUCUCCUCUCUCUCUCUCUCUCAAUCGCUCUUCCAAGCUUUCUCUGCUGCCACCAUCGGCCGUCUCCAGGUCCGCCGCCAUUAUCUCUUUCAUAUCUUCGCCCUAUUUAUGAUUUUUUUCGGAAUUUCUUGAGUGGCAGAGUCAAUUCUAGGAGUGAAAUACUAUAGCAAUGCAGAAUCUGCAGCGUGUUAUUACCCGUCUGUCCUCUAUUUCACUUAAUGCAAACACUUCAACAUUGAGAGUUUUGAAUGAGAAAACAAAAGACGUGCUUCAAAAUGGUGCUGUAAUUCAGUCGAGGAAUGGUAGCGAAGUUUAUAAUAAAUAUGCGUCCUCUCGUGUCUUUUCAUCAACAUCUCGGGGCGGUGAUGGUGAAAAUGAUAGCGGAGGUGAAUGGGGAAAGGCUGUAGCUGGAACAUUUGGUGAUUCCACCACAUCAGGGGAUUUGGGUUGGGAUUCAGUGUCUUCUUGGUCUACUGGAAUUACCAAGGAUCAUUUCGAUGGGGAGGUUGCAGGUCAUCGUUCUAGUGGUAGUGAUAAGUCUCACUCUACAGUGAUUACUGAGAUUCAGAAAGUUGAUGAUAGCUUAGAAGAAUGGAAAGCAGAGAACAAGAGAAGUAGGGCAGUUUUGGAUGGAUGGGGUAAUAGGAUGCAGGAGACGACUGUCUUAUUGAAGCAAGUUCGUGAACCUGGUGCUAGAGGAUCUUAUCUCAAGGACUCCGAGAAGGCUGAGAUGUAUAAACUGCACAAGGAAAAUCCGGAAGUUUACACAGUGGAGAAACUGGCAAAGGAUUAUAGGAUUAUGAGGCAGAGAGUUCAUGCCAUUCUUUGGCUCAAGGAGCUUGAAGAGGAGGAGGAAAAGAAGCUUGGUCGUCCUUUGGAUGAUUCUGUUGAGCUCUUGCUUGAUGCCUUCCCCGAAUUCUUCAUCUCACAUGAUCGGGAAUUUCAUGUGGCAUCACUUCCAUACAAACCCGACUUUAAAGUUAUGCCAGAAGGUUGGGAUGGUACUACCAGAGAUUUAGAUGAAGUCCAUUAUGAGAUCUCACAAAAAGAAGAUGAGAUGCUUUAUGAAGAAUUCGUCCAGAAAAUGAACUUCAACAAAAAGAAAAUGGCAGGUGAGGUCUUCCGACACAAGUACAGCCGUCGUCGUCCUUCAAAUGGCUGGAAUUUCACAGUGGAGAAAAUGGGGUCACGUGGUAAGCGUGGAGGUGGUGGCGGGUGGAAGUUUGUUAGCAUAGCCGAUGGUUCCAGUCGACCUCUAAACGAAAUGGAGAAAAUGUAUGUAAGGCGAGAAACCCCAAGACGAAGACGCAAAAUCCUUCCUUGAUGAUGACUCACUUAAGGGUUUCCUUGGUAUUUGAAUAAAUUUGUUUCAUAGAUUUUGUUCUUAAUUUUCUGUGCUGUUAGUUUUAUACUGCCAAUUCUGGUCUUUGCUUUGCUGCAAAACUAUAAUAUGGAUUAGAAUGUAUACUCUUUUAGAGUUAUAUUAUUGUAUUGUAUUGAUUUGUUUUUCAUGCA